AUGUCACCUGGCCUGCCCCCAGAGGCCGACGGCGCUGCCGGCGCCGCCGCGCAGCCGGUCCAGGGGCCGUCAGAAGCGGCCGGUGCGGCCGCGUUCCGGAGGGUCCACCCGCUGCACUACCACCAGGCAUUUUUGGCGCAGGGCGUCCGCCCGGACGGGCGAGGGCUGCUGCGCGGCCGCCGCGCCGCCGCGAGCGCGGCCGUCGUGAGCAGCGCCGACGGCUCGGCGAUGGCGAAGCUCGGGCAGACGACCGUCCUCGCGGGCGUGCAGGCGGUCCCCACGCUUCCGUCAGAGGCGGAGCCGGGCGAGGGUAGGGUGGUGGUCUCGCUCGACCAGCCUCUCGCCGGCGGAGAGCGAGGCGGGCAGGCGCGGCAGGAGCGGGAGCAGAGCGCGCUGUCGGAGCUGUUGCAGCGCAGCGCCGCUGGGAUGGCCGACGGCAACCUGACGGAUGCUUGCUUGCUGGCGAUGCUGGUUGCUCUGUCGGACACGGCUUUGCCAGCGGUGCGGUUCUCGACGGGGGAGGGGGAGGGCGAGGACGGCACAGCCAGGGCGGAGGAGGAGGCGCUGCUGUCGACGUCCUUCACGCUCCUCCUCGACAGCGACGGCGCCUUCCGUGGACUGCACAAGCCGGGAGGGGCGCCGCUGGACGAGGCGACAACGCGGGAGAGCCUCGCCGCGGCGCGCAAGCGGCUGCCGGCGCUGGUCGACCUGAAGCACGAGAAGGCCGCGGGCGACCGCGAGUCGGUGAAGGUGGCGGAGCGCUCGUACAUCGAGCGCACCGCGCCGAAGAAGAAGGAGCUCACUGAUGAGCAGCUUGCGGCUCGAACCGCGUCACGCAAGGCCAAGAAGAUCCGGCAGAAGGAGCGCCGGGCGAAGGAGGCUGGCGAGCGCGCCGCGAACGAGGCCGAGAACGCGGAGCGCCCGCGCGCGCAGCUGCGCGAGAACAUCGAGUACGUGAUGGCCGGGCUGCGGUCUGCAGCUGCGCAGGCGCGCAGCCAGGCCGGGUCCAAUAUAGGAGUCGAAUACUCGCUGCCCCCGGAGAGGGACGACGGGUAUCGACGCGGCCCCAGCAAGGUGUACGCCACAGUUCCCCAGGGGACCGUGGCGACGACGGUCGCCCCGGACUGGCUCGCGAACGAGCUGGCCGGGCGCGGCAAGAUUGAUGCGGCAUGCCGCGACCGCAUGGUCAUGCACCUGAUGACGGCCGCCGGCGCCUCGGCGCCGGCCGACGCCGUGUUCAGGUUCACGGCUGGCGAGGCAAUGCAGACCGAGGACGACGACGAGGACGCCGACCGCUCCGAGGAGUAUUCCGACGACGACGGGAGGGCGUCCGACUUGUAG